AUGGAGAAGGAGGCGAGCCAACUCGAGAGGGACCACGUUCACAGCGUAUAUGAGAAAAUUGCUCCUUACUUCAAUGACGCACGCUACAAGGCAUGGCCAAAGGUGCAGCAGUUCAUUUCAGAGCUGGAACCAGGCAGCCUGAUUGCUGAUAUUGGCUGCGGAAAUGGCAAAUACCUUCACAUCAAUUCUCAAGUCUAUAAACUGGGUUGCGACUACUGUUUCCCGCUGGUGGAAUCAGCACGAAACGAAGGCCAUGAAGUCAUGGUAUGCCAUAGCUUGUGUCUGCCUUAUCGAAGCGAGUGCUUUGAUGCUGUCCUGUCCAUUGCUGUGAUUCACCAUUUUUCAACGGAAGAGAGGCGCAUGCGAGCAAUAAAAGAGAUGGCUCGCAUCUUGAGAGUAGGAGGCCAGAUAAUGAUAUAUGUGUGGGCAAUGGAGCAAAAACGGAGAAGAUUUGAAAAGCAAGAUGUCUUUGUUCCUUGGAAUCCUUCACCUCCUUCCUGCUCCUCGCGUGAGCCUUGCUCACGUGGAGUACAAAACCCAAUUCUUCACAAGGACAAAGACCUGGCUUUGAACCAGCCCUGUCAUAAGUUGGAUGGGACUUCAGAGAGUUUUGAAAAUAUAACGGCUUUUGAAGUAGCUGUUAAACCUGUGCUGCCCAUGUCACGCUGCUCGAAGGCUUUCAGAAGCUGCUAUUCAGAAUUAGGGCAAGCAACUAUACAGCUCCCUAUGGCUGCAGAUACUAUUCACGGUUGCAGCGGAGUCUGUUUACCUGACCUGAUUUCACAUCAGAAAGAAUUAGCUGUCAGACAACAACUUAAAAUAGACCAUCACCCAAAACAAGGAGCUUUCUGCCAACCUCAGAACAAAAGGAGAACAGGCUCUUCGCUGCAGAGAGCAGUCAAUGAGUGCGCCCUGACCACGCAGAGAAGACAGCAGACGGGUCCUGGUGGGGCAUGGUUGAGGUACUACCACGUUUUUAAAGAAGGGGAGUUGGCUGAGCUGAUAGAGCGUCACGUUCCUGAGCUACAUAUUACUCACUCAUACUUUGACCAUGCCAAUUGGUGCGUGAUCGCAGAGAAGACUCAAGUGUGGAAGAUAUAG